GUUUGGUCGUUGGAUGUCGCGGGGGUAGGUGAAGGUGACCUUGGCGGGGUUUGGAAGUCGUCUGUUGUGUAGUGUCAACAAAUUAAGUUUCAAACAUGGCAGAUCAAGAUCCAGAUACGAGUCAAAGACGUUUCAUAGAGAGAGGUUCACACAAAGGCAAAGGCAUUGCAGUUCUUACCAGUGGAGGAGACUCUCAGGGAAUGAAUGCUGCUGUUCGUGCUGUUGUAAGAUUUGGUAUAUAUUUGGGUUGCAAAGUAUUCUUCAUCAGGGAAGGUUACCAAGGAAUGGUUGAUGGUGGAGAUCACAUAGAAGAGGCUGGAUGGUCUAGUGUUUCCUCUAUCAUUCAUAAGGGAGGAACUGUAAUUGGUUCUGCAAGGUGUAAGGACUUUAGAGAACGUGAAGGCCGCUUAAAGGCUGCAAAAAACCUUGUGACCAGAGGGAUUACAAAUCUUGUUGUGAUUGGUGGAGAUGGUUCACUCACAGGGGCAAAUCUCUUCCGACAAGAAUGGCCCUCUCUUCUUGAUGAACUACUGCAAAAGGGCGAAAUCACAAAAGAAAGCAGAGAAAAGUACACAUAUCUUCAUAUUGCUGGUUUGGUGGGUUCCAUAGACAAUGAUUUCUGUGGUACUGACAUGACCAUUGGUACGGAUUCUGCCCUUCAUCGAAUUAUUGAGGCUGUUGAUGCCAUAGUCUCAACAGCUUUCUCACAUCAGCGCACAUUUAUUAUGGAGGUCAUGGGACGACAUUGUGGAUAUUUGGCGCUGGUGACUGCCCUGACAAGUGAAGCUGAUUUUGUGUUUAUUCCUGAAUGGCCACCAGAGCAUGAUUGGCCAACUAAACUCUGCAAGAAGUUAGCACAGGAGCGGCUUGCAGGCCAGCGAUUAAACAUUAUUAUUGUUGCGGAAGGAGCUAUAGACCGUGAUGGACAACCGAUUACUUCAGAGAAAGUGAAACAGGUUGUUGUAGAAAACUUGCAGCAAGACACCCGUAUAACUGUACUUGGACAUGUGCAGCGAGGUGGCAAUCCAUCUGCAUUUGACCGAGUAUUGGGCUGCCGUAUGGGAGCUGAGGCAGUUCUGGCUUUGAUGGAAGCAACACCAGGUUCCGAAGGAGUUCUUAUCUCUCUAGCUGGUAAUCAGGCUGUUCGGUUGCCAUUAAUGGAAUGUGUAGAAAGGACAAAAGCUGUUGCAAAAGCUAUGGCUGACAAACAAUGGGAUAAAGCAGUUCAGCUUAGAGGCAGGAGUUUUGAAAGAAAUCUGUACAUCUACAAAAUGCUGACAAGACUAAAACCUCCUACUCCAGUUGGUGAUGCUGUACAGCAAGAUUCUGUUCUCGGCAUGGAAUCCUUCACUUUGGCAGUUAUGCACAUUGGAGCACCAGCUUGUGGAAUGAAUGCUGCUGUGAGAUCAUUUGUCAGAAAUUGCCUUUACCGCGGUGUGACAGUUCUUGGAAUUCAUGAUGGUAUUGAAGGUCUAGUGGCUGGUAAUAUUAGUAAAAUGGCAUGGUCAGAUGUGACUGGUUGGGUUUCUUUGGGUGGUGCCAUGCUGGGGACAAAACGUACUCUGCCUGGAAAUAGAAUAAAGCAAAUUGCAGCUCGCUUCAAGGAAUUCAACAUCCAAGGCCUUCUCAUUAUUGGUGGUUUUGAGGCUUACCAAGGUGCGCUGCAACUUGCAGAGAGCAGGCCAACACAACCAGAGUUCUGCAUACCGAUUGCUGUUAUUCCUUCAACAAUAAGUAAUAAUGUUCCAGGCACAGAAUUUUCCUUGGGUUGUGAUACAGCACUUAAUGAAAUUACAGAGAUUUGUGACAGAAUCCGGCAGUCUGCCCAGGGCACAAAAAGAAGAGUGUUUGUCAUAGAAACUAUGGGAGGCUACUGUGGAUACCUCGCUACACUAGCAGCUCUUGCUGGAGGCGCUGAUGCGGCAUACAUAUUCGAGGAGAAAUUUUCGAUAAAAGAUCUACAGCAAGAUGUGUACCACAUGGCAUCCAAAAUGGCUGAAGGUGUCCAGAGAGGCCUUAUUCUUAGAAAUGAAAAAUGCAAUGAAAACUACACAACAGACUUCAUUUAUCGUUUGUACUCUGAAGAAGGAAAGGGGCUUUUUAGUGCUCGAAUGAAUGUAUUAGGUCACAUGCAACAAGGAGGAUAUCCAACACCGUUCGACCGUAAUAUGGGGACGAAGAUGGGAGCAAAAACGGUUGAAUGGAUGUUCCAGAAACUAAAAGAAUCUUCCAAAGGUGAUGGCACUGUAUAUACUGCAACACCAGAUUCUGCUACACUGCUUGGAGUAUUGAGGAGACAGUAUACAUUUAGUCCACUGGAAGAACUACAGAAAGGCACAAAUUUUGAUUACCGUAUACCAAAGAAUCAGUGGUGGCUAAAAUUACGUCCUCUGUUAAGAAUUUUGUCAAAACAUGAGAGUGCAUAUGAAGAAGAAGGCUUGUACAUGACCAUAGAACAAGCAGAAGAAGAUGACAAAACAGUAGCAAAAUAAGACAGAUGGUAUUUCUUGAAGCUCGUAUCACCAACAAGUAGUCUAUAUACCUUUACCGUUUUUCUCCCUUUGAUUAUGUUCAACGAGAACAAAGGUCUCUUUUAUGUAAGUUAAUAAUUUUUUACAGUGUUUGCCCUCUUUGCUUCUGUUAUACUGUCGUUGUGUGUUGUAUGGAAUGUUAGAAACUAGGCUUUGACAAAGUAUGCAGUUGCUAACUGGAGAACUAAUAACUGUGUUCUUUCGUUUUCAGUUUCUAGAACCACAAAAAUUGUGUCACAGACAAAACAGUGUGAUUGAAACAUAUUUUGGGGGAAUACACUUUUUAUGUUAAGAGUUUCUAAUGUAGAAUGAUCUGGGAUGGUAACCAGUAUGUGCAAAGACAUACAUUUUUUUUUCUUUUAUUUGUCCUGCUGCUUUAUUGUAUUUUUAACAAUUGAUUUGUUUCUGGUACAUUGAUUUCACAUAGAUAUGUAAUUAUAAUUGCCUUUUGUAACAUACCAAAAAACAUAAUAUAGAAGGCUUGUUCAUUUAUAGCACAAGUAUACUACACAAUGUGAAAGCGCUGGCAGGUCGACAGACACACAAACAAACACAAACAUACACACAAAAUUCAAGCUUU